AUGGGCGUGUUUUCAUCGCUGAUAAACUUGUUUAAUAAGAGAGAAGCAAAACGAUCUCCUACACUCAAAUUUGAAAAGCCAAUUCGCAACAGUAAAAAGUCGUCUAUUUCCACCAUUCAAUCAAACAUACAGAGUGUCUCAUCCAUGGGCACUGCCUCUAGCCCUACCAGCUCAUCAAAGCAAUUUGCAAGUGCCAGUAGUGGAUACGCCUUUCAGUACAGAGAUGGGCGACGAUACCAUACAGAUGACGCAGUAGCCUAUGUGCUUCCAAACGACAAUGAUGAGGCUGACAGAGUUCAUGAACAGCAUUGGAUCCUGCGUGCUGCUCUACAAUGUAAUUACCAUGCUCCUGUUACCAAGCUGCUGGAGGAAGGAAUUACAGUUCUGGAUUCAGGCUGUGGACCAGCGACUUGGGCAUUUGAGAUGGGCGAGACAUACCCCCGAUCCAAAUUUCAUGGUAUUGAUGCUUCUUGCGUCUUCCCCGAGGACAUCAAGCCCGCUAAUGUCGAGUUUGUCAUUGGUAAUGUUGCCAAGCACAUUCCUUAUCCUGACAGCACAUUCGACUAUGUCCAUCAAAGACUGCUCUUCCUUGGCUUGACUGAAAGUGAUUGGGAAUCUACUCUUAAAGAACUAUACCGUGUAAUGAAACCUGGCGGGUAUAUUGAUUUAGCUGAGCCUGAUGUGCAAUCAUUACUUACAGCCGGACCUUGUAUGUUCACCUUGCAAACUACACUUUCUGAUAUGUCAAAGGCACGUGGCAUGAUUCCUAAAAUUGCAUUAGAACUAGAAGAACGCUUGCUGAAGGCUGGAUUUGUGAACGCUGUUGUUAGAAGGGUAGACAUCCCCUUGAAUCACAGUGGAAAGGUUGGCGAGUUACUUUGGGGCGAUUAUAAACAUGCUUACUUGAAUCUUCGUCCCGUCAUGGCGAAAUCCAACCCAGAGUUUGAAGAUGAAAAGGUCUACAGUGAGUUUAUUGACAAGUGUGGAGAGGAAACCAAGCAGAACAAAGGGUGCAUGGGAUGGGUCGCUGUGUAUGCUCAGAAACCUCUCGAUUAG